AUGACCUCUAUAGUUCCAUAUUCAGAUUCGCCUGAGUAUGAUCAAGUAUCCGCUCAAAUAAGUAACUGUUUAUUUGAAGUUAAUGGUCAAAUAAGUACGUUGCAACAAUUUAUUAAUGCUUUACAGAAUACUGAAAAUUAUAAUAGCAUUUCUUUUGACAAGAUUUCUAAAAAGGCCUAUUCUAACAUAGAAAAAGUCACAAAAAGUAUAAAAAAUAUUGAUGAAUUGGUUCACAAAAUAAAUACAUUUGAAAAUAUAACUUUAGACAAACAGCAACUAAUUUCUAGAGAAAAGCUAUUGAGAGAUGUUAAGUCUUCUAUUCAAGAGUUUCAAAACAUUCAAACACAAUUUAGUCGUAUAAGUCAAAGAUUAAAUGAUGAAGUGAAGGCAGCGUUGAACCAGGAAGAGGCAGAAGCAGAAGCAGAUGAAGGUCAUCAACAACAAGAACACGUUAAAGCGUCUCAGACACUCCUACAGAAUAAACAAUAUAUCAUUCAAAGAGAAGAUCUAAACAAUGAGGAGUUGGCAUAUCAUCAAAAUUUAAUUAGGGAACGAGACCAAGAAAUCAACAACAUCCAACAUGGUAUUGUUGAACUAAAUACCAUUUUUCAAGAUUUGAGCGCUAUAAUUCAGGAGCAAGGGCAGAUGGUUGAUAAUAUAGAAGCUAAUAUAUAUUCAACUGCCAAUAAUACACAACAGGCUUCGCAACAGUUACAUAGAGCCAUGAUAUCUCAAAAAAGAAGAGGAAGAGUAUGUAUAUACUUGUUCACGUUUUUAUUACUGUUUCUACUUGUAGUGAUUUUGGCUUUAUAA